CUUAUCAGUUCAUCGUGGAAGGAAUUGGGAGUUAUAGAAUAAGCAUAAAGGAAGUUGGGCAUAUUUGCUGGGUGAAAAUGGGUUCUAAGAGGAUUUGGACUGAUAUGUUCAAAGUAGAUCAGGGGACUGCCAUGAGCACUUAUCCAAGCUUCAACCAAGGCGGAGCAGCACAGAUCGAGCAGAGGAACCCACAAACGAAAGCGAGAUGGAACCCUAAAAAAGAACAGAUCGAUAUUUUGGAGUCCAUAUUUGACUCUGGGAACAAUAAUCCAAGCAGAGCCGAAAUACAAAUGAUCAGAACCCGCCUACAGGAGUUUGGAGAAGUGGGAGACGCUAAUGUUUUCUAUUGGUUUCAAAACAGGAAGUCCAGAAACAGGAAAAGACAGCGCCGUCUUAAUGUUACUAAAGAAAAUGAAGAUGAAAUUUCACCAUCGAUUCAAACCAGUACAGCCAAUCCCACUCAAACCAAUCCACCCAAUCCCACUCAAGCCAAUACAGCCAAUCCCAUUCAAACCAGUACAACCAAUCCGAUUCAAGCCAUGGAAAAAUCAGGUUUUCCCACACUGUCAGCUUCUAAUUCUUCAUUUGCCAAUCAGCAAAUCCAGCAAACUCAACAAGUUUCUGCUGAUCCACACAUUAACAUGCAUCAAGGAGGGUUACUGAGUGGAGGUACAACAUACCCAUAUAAGUAUAAUUCCGCAAUAUCAUCUUUUCCACAAGAUUAUUCUUCGUUUCUGCUGCCUGAAAUGCAAUCCUACUCAUUCGAUCAUUAUCAGAGCCAUGAAGCUGCUAUCCCUUCUGCCCUAACUGAAGCUCGUCCUGAUACAAGAGUGGGUUAUGGGAAUGAAGAUUUGUUAACUGUAACGAUUAAUGGUAUGAAAUAUAAAGCACCAAAUGGGCCUAUCAAUGUGAGGGAGGCCUUUGGUCCGAAUGUGAUCAUGGUGGAUACUGCUUGCCAAAUCGUCCACACAAAUGAGCAGGGAUUCAGUUUGCAUGGUCUCGAAGAAGGGGGAGAUUAUUAUUUGCUAAAUAACCCAGGAGGAGCAGCUCCACUGGCUGGAUUUUCCCAACUCUAGGAUAAUUUGAAGCUUUCUGAUACAAUCUGGGCAUCAUUCUGAAGCUUUCUCAAUGUCCAGAUAAUCUUGGGAGUCUUGAAUAACAUGGAUAAUUUGAAGCUUUCGGAUACAGUCUGGGCAUCAUUUUGAAGCCUUUUCACUGUUCAGACAAUCUUGGGAGUCUUGAAUAUAGGCAUUCAGUAAUUUUUUAUUGUUUUUCUGCGUCUAACAAUUUCUUUUUGCUACUCAUGAUAAGAGACAAAUCCAGAUAUUAUUGUCCCCUUCAAUCUUUAUGUGGAGUCAAAGACAAGUGCGAUUCAACUUUGUAUGUCUGAAAUCUAUCGGAGAUAUUCAGAUGAUUACAUGAUGUUUAUGAAUUGGCUUGAGAAAUUGUUAACAAGGGUUUUGUUCAUCAUUUUAUAUAUAUAUAUAUAU